AUGGCGACUCGAGCAGAGUGGACGCCGUCGUCGUGGCGCGCGUUUCCCGUCAAGCAGCAAGCGCCGUAUCCGGAUGUUGCAGCACUGGACGUCGCCCAUGCAAAGCUCAGGCGAUUGCCUGGACUUGUCUCAGUGCGUGAGAUCGAGGCGCUCAAGACGCAGUUGGCAGACGUUGCAGCGGGCAAACGCUUUUUGUUGCAAGGCGGCGAUUGUGCCGAACGGUUCCAAGACUGUCAGCCAGAGCUGAUUGAGAAGAAGCUCAAGAUUAUGAUCCAAAUGAGUCUUGUGCUCGUGUGGGGCGCGCGAAUGCCUACGGUCCGUGUAGCACGCAUGGCGGGGCAGUUUGCCAAGCCCCGAUCGAGUGACACGGAGAUGCUCGACGGAGACGAGGUGCCGAGCUUCAGAGGUGAGAAUAUCAAUGGGUACGACAAGGACGAGCGCACGCCCGAUCCGAACCGACUGCUCGAUGGAUAUUUCCACAGUGCUGCGACGCUGAACUACGGCCGUGUCCUGCUGGACUCGGGCAUUGCCGAUAUUCAUGAUGCUGGCCAGUGGGAUCUCGACUUUGUGCAGAUCUCUUCUCGUCGUGAAGAGUAUCAGCACAUGGUCCGUGAGAUCACGGAUAGUUUGCACUUUGUGCAAAUGUGCGGUGUUGGGGCAGACUCUCCUCAUUUAAAGACGGUAGAUCUAUUCGUGUCGCACGAAGGCUUGGAACUCGGAUACGAAGAGACCAUGACACGCAAUGUGAAUGGCAAGUAUUAUAACCUCGGUACGGACUUUCUUUGGAUUGGUGAUCGCACACGUCAGCUGGACCACGCUCAUGUCGAGUAUUUUCGCGGCAUUGAAAACCCGAUUGGUAUCAAGGUUGGUCCAAGCAUGGGUGUAGAUGAAUUGGUGCCUUUGAUUCGUAAAUUGUGGAGAGACCCCGAGGCCAACCCGGGCAAGAUCACGCUUAUCACGCGUUACGGUAGUGGCAAGGUGCUAGACCUCUUGCCCAAGCACAUUGCAGCAGUAAAAGCUGCAGGUCUGAAGGUGAUUUGGUCUUGCGAUCCGUGCCACGGUAACACGAUUGUAGCUGAGAACGGCUACAAAACUCGGCCAUUCGACCGCAUUUUCGGCGAGCUGGAGCAAACGCUGGAAAUCCACCGCAAGGCUGGUACCGCUUUGGGCGGGGUGCACUUUGAGCUGACGGGUGAAAACGUUACCGAGUGCAUCGGUGGUCCGCAGGGCGUCGAAGAAAGCGAUCUUCCACUACGCUACACAAGCUACUGCGACCCGCGGCUGAAUUAUUCGCAGAGUAUGGAGGUGGCGUUCUUGCUAGCCAAGCGAUUGUCAGUGCAUCACGAUCUGGCGCCGCUGAACGAAAAAUCGAAGAUGCGGAAGCGAUCGAUGGAGAUUAGUGAUGCAUUUAAGCGUGUGCGUGCUGAUGAGUAG